AUGGACUACGAGGAUGGAGAUCCACGCAACCAGGCCGAAGACACCCAUGGGUUCCCAUCCCAGAGCUGGGGCACCGAGCUCUGGGAUCAGUUUGACAACCUAGAAAAACACACGCAGUGGGGAAUUGAUAUUCUUGAAAAAUACAUCAAAUUUGUAAAGGAAAGGACUGAGAUUGAACUCAGCUAUGCAAAGCAACUCAGGAAUCUUUCGAAGAAAUACCAACCGAAAAAGAACUCAAAGGAGGAGGAAGAAUACAAGUACACGGCAUGCAAGGCCUUCCUUUCCACCCUGAACGAGAUGAGCGACUAUGCUGGGCAACACGAGGUCAUCUCUGAGAACAUGACAUCCCAGAUCACUGUGGACCUGGCCCGCUAUGUCCAGGAGCUGAAGCAGGAGAGGAAAUCGAACUUUCACGAUGGGAGGAAGGCACAGCAGCACAUUGAGACCUGCUGGAAGCAACUUGAAUCAAGUAAGAGGCGGUUUGAGCGGGACUGUAAGGAGGCGGACCGGGCACAGCAGUACUUUGAGAAGAUGGACGCUGACAUCAAUGUGACAAAGGCAGAUGUUGAGAAAACACGGAACCCCACCUCCAACAAGGCCUGCCACUGGAUCACUCACUUCUAUACCCUUGUCCACCCUUCUCAUCCUUUAUCCUCCCACAAGCCCCACCCCACAUCUUCCAUCUUCCCAUAA